AUGGCAACCGGGGAACCGUUAGGCGUCGACGAGAAAGUCAACGAGGACUAUCUGUUCUUUUUGGAAUAUUUCAAAGAAUCAUUCGACGGGUUGAAAUCCGAGGCCGAAAAGGAGAUAUGCAACAAAUGGCUGACGAAACUGACGAACGAAAGUUACGACACGACGGCCGAAAAACAAGCCCGCAACAUUUACCUGUCGCAGCUGAUUUUGAACAUGGACGAGAGGAAGCUCAGCGCGCCGUUCACCUCGGCGCCCUCGUCGCACCCGUUGUCGCUGGACGGCGUCUUUAAGCAUAUCACUGCCAAGCCCUGCGUGGAAUUAGAAAAUGAGAGAACUGUUAACGAGAACAAAGAGAACUGGACGAAGUUCGUUCACAACCGCGAACUGGAAAUGGUCGACAUGAACCAUGUGUCGAACGACAGCCGCACGUACAUUGCGAUCCAGAGUCUGCCCGCGGCCGGGGGUAUGUUCGCGUACGUGGCCGUGACGAUGGAAGGCAGCACGGCCUGCGGAUGGGUGAACGCGUGCGGACAACGGAUAUCUCCACCGGUGGUAAAACCAUUAGAUUUAAGAGUGGAGAUGUCAAACGAUCAGGCAGAACCUGAACUCGAAGACAAAGCGUAUCGAAUCACGGCCGAGGUCAGAUCGAUUUUGUCGCAGCGAAAAACGCCGGAAGCUAGGAUGUUGGCCUAUCAGUUUUUCAAAAGAGUGUACAGCAGUAUUGAACAGGAAAUGUUGGGUGAACAAGAUCCCAACAGUACGGCGUGUCGCGAUCCAUAUGUCGAAAAGCUGUUGGACAAGCUAAUAGAAGACAGUAGCAACACUUGCGAGAAAUUCAACCCGAACUUGUUCAAACGAAUUAAAUUGCUUUCGAUGUUGAAAAGAAAAGUGAAGAACAUACUGCAAGACAUCGAAGUGCGCGACAAAAAGAUUGCCAAGAUCGAGUUCGACGCGACCAGCCCGUUGUUCACUUUGACCACCCCGGCUUCCACAUGUUCGAACGCCAUGACCGAAAUGUUGUGGCAAGGAACGUUGAUCGAUAAGCCCACCAGUAAGGUAGCCGAAACGUUGGCCAAGACGUAUCCUGUAUGCUUGGUGAAAAUGUUAUUUGCUCUGCUGGCGCGGGAACGGCGGAAAAUCAUAAACCGGUUACAGGAAAAACAUGAGAAACUGAUCGUCGCCAUGAAAAGAGACCUACAAAACGAGAUCAAACAAGGAAUAAUGGACUAUAAGGUUGCUAGGUUGGAGUGGGUAAACGUCAUGCGCAUCGUGGUGCACUACAACAGAUUGAAGGCGGCCCUGACCGAGAAGGAUAUUGGCGGCACUUCGGACAGCACCAAGAGUGAUUAUCUGCAGGAGACGAUCCGUAAGGAGAUCGAGGACACCCGGAAACGGUUGAACAAGGCGAACAAAAAAAUCGAAAUGUUGCAAGAUGACAUUUGUGAGUUGAACAAGAACUUGCAUGAAGUGACGGAAAAGAUGGAACUCGAACAGCUGCAGGCCGCCGAGCAACUGCGGGAAUUCCAUAGCGAGGUGUGCAGCGAACAAGCUUCCAUUUUAGAAAGGACCAAGAUGAUCGAAGAUUUGGAAAAGAUGUGGAAAGAGUCUAAAAAAUAAUUUUGUUCCAACUUGUGUGGUUUGAUAUCAUUUCACAUUUUAACGAAGCA